CAACUUGACAGAGGCAUUGAGAAGCAGUCGUUCAUGAAAACCCUCACCGGCAUACACGCGAUUACAGGUUGUGAUACCAUCUCCGCCUUCUCUGGUAAAGGAAGGUGGAAAGGAGUACAGCUUCUUCAACAUAAUGAAAGAUAUGUCCAAGCCAUGGCAAGUAUCGGGGACGAGUGGGUAGUAUCCGAGGAAGCAUUUAAAGCUAUGGAGGCACUCGUGUCAGUUGUAUGGAAAGAAGUGCGACAGUGUGGGUGCCCUUCGCUAUCAGAUUCACUGCACCAGAGGCGAAAAAGUAGAGCCAGAAGCUUUGCUACCAUGUGAGUCAUCUUUACAACUUCAGGUUACAAGAGCAAAUUACCAGGCAGCAAUCUUGAGAAGAGCCAUCAUUUCGCGUCCGGUAAUCUCCUCUCCUCAUGGACAUGGCUGGGAAGUAGACAACAUCUCUAACGUCGUGAAAUUUGUAUGGCUUGGAUCUAAACCCACUCCAGAAGAGGUCCUUGAACUACUCCCCUGUACAUGCAAGAGAGCGUGCACCAUCGAGAACUGCUGCAGCUUAAAG